AUGAGUGUCCACAACUCCAAGAAGACAACACCUUGGCGGCUACAAAUGCUUAGUCUGAAUCAAGGGUACUAUCAACAAAGCGGUAAUUAUAACCAAGGUGGUAACUACAAUCAAGGUUGGCAAGACACCCCCAACCAAGGGUGGAGAGAAAAUCCCAACCAAGGAUGUAGAGACAAUUCCAACAAAGGAUGGAGGGAUAACUACAACCAAGGAAGCAGAGACAAUGGUGGAAAUCAAAGGUGGAAUAACAACAACUAUCAACAGAACCGGUAUCAACAAAAUCCUCCAUACCGAGCACCUCACCAAAGACAAGCCCAAGAACCUCAACCCAACCAACCACAAGUCCCUCAAAUUACCUACCCUCCUUCCUCCUCCAACCAAGAUGAAACACUCCGUUCUAUCCAUCAAGGACAAAAAGAGCUUCAAAAUUCACUUACCUCUAGCCUCACCAGUCUUACCUCCACUCUACAAGCUCUUAUAUCACGAAUGGAAUCACCCUCUACCUCUAACAAUCAGCCUUCAAAUUCUAGUGCACUUCCCUCUCAACCUUUAUCCAACCCCAAAGGUGGAAUCAAUGUCAUCACUUUGAGGUCCGGCACUACGUUGCAAGAGAGGAGUCCCGAGGAGCCAAGCUCAAGAGAAGACAUUCAAGUUGAAGACAUUGUUGAGGAAGAUGAUGCUGUGAGAGAAGCCAUUCCCAUUCCUUUUCCACACCUUGCUAGGAGGACUAAGAAGCAAGUGGAGCUAGAACCCAAGAUGGUGGAGAUCUUCAAAAAGGUUAAGGUAACUAUUCCCCUUUUUGAUGCUAUUCGUCAAGUGCCUAAAUAUGCUAAGUUUCUAAAAUAUUUGUGCACGAAUAAAGAUAAGAAACAUGAUUUAGAAACUAUUCCCUUGGGUAGCUCAAUUUCUGCUCUAAUGGGUGCUAUACCGGAGAAAUAUGGUGAUCCCGGUCCCUGCAUGGUUACUUGUACUAUAGGGGGUGUACAAUUUGUUGACUGCAUGUGUGAUUUAGGUGUAUGUGUUAGUAUUAUGCCAUUAUCUGUAUAUGAUGCUUUAAGGCUCCCACCCUUGAAAAGGUCGGCAUCACGUUUUGUUUUGGCAGAUAAGAGCAUAAUUUCAUUGGUUGGAAUUGCGGAAGACGUCUUGGUGAGCAUUAAGAGGUUUACGUUUUCUAUCAACUUCUACAUUCUAGAGAUGCCCCCUAGUGACUCUGGAAGACCUUCAUCCAUCUUGCUUGGAAGGCCAUUUUUGAAGACAUCACGGUUUAAGUUAGAUGCCUUCUCGGGUACCUAUUCUUUUGAGAUAGAUGGCAGAGAAGUGAGCUUCAACCUUGAUAAAGCUAUGAAGCACCCACCGGAAGAUCACUCUAUCUUCCAGUAUGACAUUAUUGAUGAGACUGUGGCUGAAGUUCACCAAGAGGCAAUAGAAGAGAAGAACACAGAGCAAGGUGCAAGUGUGGGGAAGUCCUCUAAGUAUACUGAAGACACCUUGCUACGUCCAGUGGUUCCAGAUGAUCAAGUGCCAAGCCAUGAGCUGAAAAUGGAGUUGAUGCCCCUUCCACCUCACCUCAAGUUUACCUAUCUUGAGGACAAUCAAAAGCUCCCAGUGAUUAUUGCAAAGGAACUUUCUUUCCAACAAGAGGAGCGCUUGCUUAGUGUGCUUAGAAGACACAAGAAAGCUAUUGGGUGGAGUUUGGCGGACAUAGUAGGUAUAAGCCCUCAAGUCUGUGAGCACCAUAUAUUUCUAGAGGAGGGAGCAAGGCCUAUCCAUCAAUCUCAAAGGCGGUUAAACCCCACCAUUUUAGAAGUUGUCAAGAAGGAAGUGACCCGAUGA